GUCUAACAGGAAGAAACCACAUACUUGUAGCUAAGCCGAGACUCCGAGAGCGCAGGGCAGAAUGAGGUGUACGACAGUGUUAUCCACGGUAGCUUCUGGAAAGAGUCUGGCAGCACUGCAGUCGUAUUCUACUGAGCAGAGCUGAAAAAUUUACAAAGGAGGCGCCACCAGCACAACACCAGUCUUCACGAUGGCAGAUAAGGAACCCAAGGUUGAUGCUGCCACGUCAUCUUCACCGUCAGUGACACCGAUAAAUUUGGUGACAGAAGACCACGUGCGGGCAGCGCUCACGUCAGAUAAGGGCGCCGCCGCACAACUCACCGACUGGAAGGUUGUGGACUUCAUGAAUAAGGGCGACAAUUAUGCCUCUGAAGUGACCACCGUCGAGGUUAAGUAUGAGCUCGACGGGAAGAGCUCAAAGGUGGUCUAUGUGGUAAAGAUUAACUCAGGAAAGACCUUAAGCGGCGAGAGGGUUAUUGACAUAAUCUUUCGAAAGGAAUGCAAAUUUUUCCUCGACAUCUCACCUCAGAUAAACUCUGCACUAAGAGAAAUUGGUCACACAGAGAUCAACGUUCCUAAAUGCUUCCAUGUAGGUCUGGAGAAAGGAAAGGAAGUAAUCUUCCUUGAGGACCUACGAGCCAGAGGCUACAAAAUGGCUGACCGGAAGCGAGGGCUGGAUGAGGCUCACACUACCCUUGUGCUGAGGGAGCUAGCCAGACUCCACGCCGCCUCCCUCCUGUUGCAGAACAAGACUCCUGACGACGACCUUGGGGAAAAGUACCCUUAUUUGAAAACAGAUUGGUCCUAUUUCAUUACUAACUAUGAUUCAGUGUUGAAUACGUUGAAAGAAAGUGCAAAGCUCUCUCAAACUAUCGCCAGAAAAAUGGAUGGGUACGAGAGAGUAAAUGCCUGGAUAGACAUGAUCAUCCCUAAGAUAGAAGAAAUCUUCUCCAAGCAGACGAAACAUGUUUUGCCUAAGGUGGUGUGUCACGGAGACUGCUGGAACAACAACCUUCUCUUCAGGUACAGCGAGACCGGCCACCCCGAGGACGUGAUGCUCCUCGACUUGCAGCUGAUAAACUACAGUGCCCCAGCUGCCGAUCUCAACUACCUCCUCUAUACCAGCAUGACGGGGGACGUCAGGAAGCCCAACAUUGAAGCCUUCCUGGGUUCCUACUAUACUGCUUUCAAGGACAUCAUGGAGGCUGGUGGCCAGACAAUACCAUUCACGGAGGCGCAGCUACUUAAGGAUUUCAAGGACAUGAACCUCGCGGGCUUAAUAUUCGCCAUGGUGUUUGUACCGCUUGUGCUUUUUGAGCCUGAAGGUGAAGCAGACACUUCGAAGGAGAAUAAGGAGGAUCUCGCGGAAAUGCUUCGUGAGACAAGAGAGAAAUCGUUGGAAACGAUAGAAACAAAUCCUCUUGUGAAACCAAGGUUUUUGUCUGUUUUCGACGAAAUGAUGGAGCUAGGAAUUAUUCCCUGAGAGAGAGAGAGAGAGAGAGAGAGAGAGAGAGAGAGAGAGAGAGAGAGAGAGAGAGUGUGUUAUAUAUUUGGUGCACGGUAUUUUGUACAGAUUUCUCUACUUACGUCAUAUUCAUAAGUAUGAUUAAUUUUGUUUCUCAUCAACAGGAAGUAAUUGCUAUUCAUUAUCACUCUGCUAUUAGAUUUCUGAACGAUUCUGGUAAUGCAAAUGUCCCCAUCAUACUUACUAUUCACGAAACCAAAACAUGGUUUGACACACAACAAUAUAAUCGUACAAUUUCUUAACCAUAUAUCCUAGCUUACGAAAUAGUUGCAUUUUCCAUCCGAUAAAGGUUUAGAUCAUUAUCGCUUUUUUCCGUGAAGGUAGUGCAGGCAUAGCAAGGGAGGCCACAGCACAGGAAGUUACCCAGCAAGGCUUUGUUCGUGCAGGGCUGGGAUUUGUAUCAGUCGUCGCAACACAAACUCGUGUAAGCGUUCAUCUUUGCGACCUUAGACACUAAUGUUAUUUAUGCGUCUGAAUUUGAUUUAUUAAAUGGUAUUCUUCACACGCGUGGGAAUAAGAAAUAAUAAUAGAUAAUGAUUAUUGGAACUUCAAUUGCUCUACUAUUUAUUUAUAAAUUAUACCGUUACAUACUGAAUAGAUAUGAAGUUUUUACUCAGAAUUACAGCAAAUUUUCACACAAUGCACAAGGAAGGCACGUGCUCGCUCUUUCCCGCAUGCACACACACACACACACACACACACACACACAUACACGCGCGCACACGCGCACACGCACACGCACACACGCACACACACACUCACACCAUCACUCCACCACCACCACCACCACCAUCACCAUUGUCAACAACAACAAAGGCAGCCAUUCUUGGGCGGGAAAUUUCAUCCUUCAGUCAACAUCGAGUUUCCUGAAGGAUCCCUCGAUGCCAAACAGUUCAGCGGAGGUCUUGGGUUUGCCUGGGCGCUUAGACUCGUCCACACAGUACUUCUCGUCCUCCAGCAGCCAGUCCCGGCGGGCGUCAAGGCGCUGCAGCCAGUAGUCUGUGUAGCGCAGGCCGAGAACAGAAAGUGUAUGCAAUAAACCAGAAAAUCAGGAAAAAAAAAAAAAUAGAAAAUAAAAAAAAUAAGUAAUUGUUAAAAUUCUGCCUAAGUCUUGAUAUAAUCAUUUAUUCUAGUGCACGAUUUAUUUCGGUAACUCCUGUUGCUUAAUUCUUGUAAUUUCUUCCGUACGUACUUUGUCACUUAAUGGAUCUGUUGUUAAUAAAGUAACUAAUUAUUAGAUCUGUCUAUGUGAAUGCAUGCUUGUCUCGUACUUUUGAUCUCUUCUACGGUGCCGUUGGUGCCUCCGUAUUCCACAGGCAGCAUCUCUCUCGGCACCUGCUUGUAGAGGCUUUCCAUGUCGCUGCCAUGGAUGUGGACCUGUGUAGGAGAGAUAGGAGGCCUCUGCUUAGUGAUCACUUUAACUUGUUCAUACCUCGACGAAAUAUUUGUGACCUUGAGAACGCAUGUGAUCUAUAAUUUUAUAAGUUUUCCCUCCGCUAGGAUACAUUUUCUCUGGUCUUCUUUCCUUCCUUUCAGGACACUCUUGUGCAUUUUUACUACCUAUUAAUGCAGAGAAGACAUUACUCACUCUUUUCUUCAUCUUCUCCUUCAUGAAUGACCUGAAGAUGUUGAACACCGUGUCGAAGGCUGCGGGUGUGUUGAUGUAGUUGAGUCCCUUGGGUCGCAUUGGGUAGCCGUCCUGCAGGUGAAGGUUUAUGACUGUUUGAUGCAAGCCCUCUAGGUUACUGUCAAGUUGUACUGCAUUUCUGAGAGUACUGUAACUUUUCUAUACAUUCUAAAAGUAGAUAAAGGUUAUAUUCAAGCAUUUCUAAGACUUUCCUGAGAGUAAAUAAAGGUAUGUCAAUUAGUAUUGCAUUUAUAAGAGUAAUGUUACUUUACUGUAUAUUGCAAGAGUAAAUGAAGGUUCCUCUGAA